AUGGACACGAUAAACAAGAACUGGAUCGCAGCAAAUCGCUCCGCCGGCUUCUCCGACCAUCCGUCUCAGAAACUUCUAGCACGCCUCCGAUCGGAUCCUGCAAAUCAGGUCAUUAUCAAUCAGGACUCGGAGAAUGAAGACGACGGCUCAAUUGAGGCGGGGUCUCGCGCGACUCAACACGAUAGAGAUAAUGUGAGAUUUACGGAAGAGCAACAAGAUAGUACGAAUGUCGCUACAGCUGGUGCUUGCAUCAAAGAUGGAGCAUUAUCGUCCCCCGAAAUCAGCGUACAGUGCAUGCAGUUCAUUACCGCCAUCGAGAAUCAAGAAUACCAUAUUUCGCCGCGCAGAGCGGAAUUCUCAGCUUGCUUGAAAACCUUCAUUGGCCGGAUACAACAGUGGCAGCCUAUUCCUGCGGCCUCAAGGAUCAGUGGCGAUGUUAUGCUGCUUCUUCACAACGCGUAUCGCUACGGCACAGCUGUCCAGGAACUCAAGCAAUUAGAAGCAGACUACACAGCCUGGUGGCUCAAGAAGCGACCGGGAGGCCGAACGGCGAGCCAGAUCAGGGAAGCACUGAUAUCGGGAAAUCUGCUGCAACUUCAGAUGGGCGACAACCCCGACGAGGCCAUGCCUCAGCUGCAGAGCAACGAAGAUCCGAUCGCAAUUGCGCCUUGCGUCCAACCCCACCCGCUCGAAGAGAUUCGUGGUCACAACGAAGAUCUGCAAAGUCAAAGUGUCAAUCAAUUAGACAACACUCUCGAAACCAUAACCAAGUCUCUGAGCGCACACAUCCAGGGCGAAAAAGUCGAGCAACCGUUACCUGCUUGGGAACUGCUCCAGAAAGCGACGAGAGUGAACACAUACUACUGUGUUUCGGUGCGCAACGCUCUGGCUGAAGCUGCUGAGAUGCAGACCAAGAUCAUAGAGGAGAUCCAGGAGUCUGGUAGAUACUAUGGCGGUUUCAGAGCCAGAGCUAUGCAGGCACAGAUUCGUCUUGUCAGAAAGGAGGUUGCGAAAUUGCCAGACGUUGGGAAGUAUUGGGACGUACUCCAGCAGAUGAGGCCACUGAUUGAGGAGCCCUUUACCGAGCGCGUACUCGCAGCGUUGAAGGCCCGCAUAACCUUCUUCCAAGGACCACUGGUCAAGCAACGACAGUCGCCCAUAUAUCAGUCCAUGGAAAGCCGCUACACGAGCGAGCUGAACAAACUCAACAAACUCAAGGAUUUCGGUGACCUCACGCUCCAGUUUUAUAUGGAUCUUGUGAUAUUCACAUACAUCACCAUGAAAGACGUCGGAUAA